AUGGGCCUGAUCUGGCUGCUGCUGCUCAGCCUGCUGGAGCCCGGCUGGCCCGCGGGCCCCGGGGCGCGGCUGCGGCGCGAUGCGGGCGGCCGGGGCGGCGUCUACGAGCACCUCGGCGGGGCGCCCCGGCGCCGCAAGCUCUACUGCGCCACCAAGUACCACCUCCAGCUGCACCCGAGCGGCCGCGUCAACGGCAGCCUGGAGAACAGCGCCUACAGUAUCCUGGAGAUAACGGCGGUGGAGGUGGGUGUUGUGGCCAUCAAGGGGCUCUUCUCCGGACGGUACCUGGCCAUGAACAAGAGGGGACGGCUCUAUGCUUCGGAGAACUACAACGCCGAGUGCGAGUUCGUGGAGCGGAUCCACGAGCUGGGUUAUAACACAUACGCCUCCCGGCUGUACCCGACGGUGCCCAGCGGGCCAGGGGCCCGGCGCCAGCCCAGCGCCGAGAGACUGUGGUACGUGUCCGUCAACGGUAAGGGCCGGCCCCGAAGGGGCUUCAAGACGCGCCGCACACAGAAGUCCUCGCUCUUCCUGCCCCGCGUGCUGGACCACAAGGACCAUGAGAUGGUGCGGCUGCUGCAGAGCGGGGCUGGGCUCCGCGGUGGCCUGCCCAGGCCGCCGGGCAAGGGCGCCCAGCCACGGCGGCGGUCACAGCGGCAGAGGAGACGGGGAGGCCACGCUUAGCCCCCAGCCCAGGGAAGCGGAGGCCUCCUGUUUCCCGGCCCCGUGGCUGGGAGCCAAGUUCACGGCCAGCCUGGCCCGGCAGGUGUGGGUCAGCCAGUGACAGCAUCCACGGUCAUAGCUGACCAUCACAGCAUGGCGGUCUCCAAAACUGACUCUCCCCUCACCCCUGUCCCUUUUCCUGCCUCUGAGCUGGCUGCUCUUUCGAGGCCAACAGAACGUACCCUCAGCCCUUCCUGACCCUCUCAAACAAGGGCCAGUCAAACCGGAACUGGGGGCUGAGCCAGGCCUCGGAGGAAGUGUUACUUUAAAGGGAGACGCUUGUGGGUUUGCGCUGGCCAGGGGCACCUCCUGGCCUACAGGGGAGACCAGCUGAAGUUCGGGG